UCGGAAUGAGUGUUAUCGAAUAUUAUUAAUUAUAGUAGAUCUCAAUUCUGUCAAUAGUCAAUGAAUCUUCUAUUUUCUAAAACCAUGAUGAUUAAUCUGUUUAUUUACCUAUUUCCAGUGUCCAUACCGCAGAAUUUACAUUUAUAAUUAAAUAGGUACCUAUCGACUUUGAAAUCGAAAUAAGUACCAAGUCCUGUCUUAAAUCUUGAGCGGGCGUUCAUGAUUACUAACGAGUAACGAUCAUAAAAUUCUUAAUGACGAUGAUUGUGUCCACGUCAAGUCAUUAGCUACAAGAGUAAAGUCUGUACACGACUCGAACGAAUUGCGACAUUAUAUUUUGCUUGUCAAUUAACGUAUAGGUAUAGAUGUAUUGCUACACCGUAGUUGAAAUAAUGUCCUUGGUCUAUAUAACUUUAUAAUGUCUAAUUUGAAACUGGAACUCGAUGAGUAUCUUAACAAAGGCCAAAAAAGUAAAUCUCAUAAUGUGCAUCACGUACACAUUCCAAAAGUGUUUAAGAAACUGCUCAACAGUGAAUCAGGCGAACAAACGGAAAACCUGUUGGAUUCAACACAGAAGACUUAUUUUAAUUUUCCCCAGAUGAGUAAAACCCAAAGAAUAUUGGGAUUUGUAGUUUGCGUGUCAAUCAGUUGUCUGAUGUUCUCUCUGUCGGCAUUAUACCUGCCCGUGCUUCUAAUAAAAGCUAGGAAGUUUGCAAUUUUAUAUGCUUCUGGAAGCAUAUUUGCUUUUGCCAGUGUAUCAUUUUUGACGGGUCCAUUGAAUCACUACAAGUAUGUUACGUCUAAAGAAAAGCUUCCGUUCAUGUUUGGCUAUAUUACGACUCUUUUGGGCACUUUGUAUUUUUCAUUGUGGAUGAAGAGUACUCCUUUUACAUUACUAUCAUUAACUGUUCAUCUGAUAUUAAUUUUUUGGUUUUUAUUAAACUCUAUACCAUUUGGUCAAAAAGGUUUAUCAUUUUUUGGACGUAUAUGUUCAUCGAUAGUAAAAAAUAAAGUGUCCAAUUCAUUACCUGUUUAAAAAAACUACCUAUUAUUAUUAUUCAUUGUUACUAUUGUGAUUUUGUUCAUAUUUAUAUAUUGUUUUUUAAUUAAACUGUUUUUGUAUAAUUAAAAAGUUGUAUUUAGUUUUUUUUUUUUUAUUCUUUUAUAAAUAAAUUAUUAAAUUAUUACUAAUGGUUAGGUUUGUGAAGUCUGUGUUCAAAAUAAAUU